GUCAUAUAUGUGAUUGUUUUGUUGUAGGAUGACUAUAAUCACGUCCAUGGAGGAAAGUGGGCGAUCAGUAACUUGCGUCUCUAUCUGGAGAGCACCAGAGGACAUGAUGUCACCAAUCACCUGUUUGAUCAGAUCAACUGUAUCGUUGUUCAUUCCCUAAAGGCUGUAGUUCCGGUUAUGAACAAUGACAAACACUGCUUUGAAUGUUAUGGUUAUGACAUCAUUAUUGAUGACAGACUCAAACCCUGGUUAAUCGAGGUGAAUGCAUCACCUUCUUUGACCUCCAGCACAGCCAACGACUGGAUCCUGAAAUAUAACCUCAUCAACGACACGCUGAACAUCGUCACACCCAACGGUGAAAUCCCAGAAUGCCGCUGGAACCGCAACCUCCCCAAAGAGGCUCUGGGACACUAUGAAGUCCUUUACGAUGAGGAACAAGCUGUGAGCGAGAGCGCCGAGCGAGACCUCCGGAGCCGGUCCGGUCAGUCAUCUGGAUCAAAGGGCUCGAGAUCAAGCAGCGUCCGACCCUUCCCAGCCACCUGGAAAUGACGUCAGCCGUGAC